CGCAUUUGCUAAUCUUUUCUUCUUCUCUCUCUCUCUCUAGUGAGUAGUGAGUGGUGUGAACGCAAGAAAAGCAAUAACUUCCAUUUUAGCUGACUCUUGAGAUCUCUCGGUCGAGGACAUUUUGGAUAAGUAUCUUGAACAUCACCGCACCAUUGGCAUUCAUUGCUCAAAUUCAUGUCAUUCAGUACGAGCUUCAACAACUUCGCAUUUCUACUUCAGUUUUGGAAGUAGAACAUCACUUCGCCAGAUCUGGUCCCAAAGGUAGAUUCUCGUGAUAAUCAUCAAUAAGAUUUAGGAAGAUGGAUGACAACGUUGAUGCUAAUGCAGCACUAGGGUAUGCUGAAUUUCAUCUUUUCCCUAGUGAGAGCAGGUACAAGGUAUUUGGGUACAGUGGCGAUAAAGCAGAAAUUUUGAGAUCUGGCUCCUUGGACGAGCUUGUGCAACAUGUUCCUCAACUAAAAGACUGGUCCUCAGCAGGACUCAGUUCCUACUUCAGACUCGAACCGCCCAAAGAUGUUGAAAGCCGCAUGUGGUUCACAAAGUCCUCAUUAACAAGGUUUCUAGAGGUUACUGGAUUACCUGAUUUUCUAAGCAAGACAGAUGUUACAAGGAGUGAGAUUUCUCAACUGGAAGAAACAAGAAAGUUUCACUUCUCUCUGUAUACUAAGGGUCAUAAAGAUCACUCUGAAGAUGCAGAAACAGAAGUUGGCAACUCAAAUAUUAAAGCAUCAAAAUCGAAUGGUGAACGACAAACUCCACCGGUAGAUGCAUCAAAGAACGAACUAUUGCGAGCAAUGGAUUUAAGAGUAACAGCAUUGAAACAGGACUUAAUUGAUACAUUCAAUCGCACCACUGGUGUGACCUACUCCUCAAAGGAGAUUGCUGAUUUAGAAAGGAUAUUUCACCUUUUUCAAGCAUUAGAUAUGAGAGAUAUUAUGCACAAGUUAGAAGCUGACCAAUCAUUAGAUCAGAUUGUUGAUUUACCAGAUCACAAAACCAGCUCUACUGAACACAAGAUUUUGACAUCCAAACUAUCUAACUCAGAUAGACCUGUAAAAUAUGGUGUCUCCCCAGCGAAAGCUGCACAAGUUGAGCGACGAAUCUCAGCAGAAAGUGAAGAAUCAUCUUAUUCAAGCGAAGAGGAUGAUGAUCAACCAUCUGCAGAAAGGAGUAGACCUCAAAUUCGGUCAGCCUCACCAAGAAGAUCAGCAUCUCCAAUGCGUAGGAUCCAAAUAGGAAGAUCAGGAUCACGAAGAAGCACUGCACUAACUAUUAAAAGUCUAAGUCAUUUCCCUUCCAGAGAUAGAAUAUCAUCUAAUAGAGACGGAUCUGCAAACAAUAGUGAAGAAGAAUCCGAUCAACAACCACCACCUAGAAAGGCUGAUAGCAACGGACGAAGAAUGAGCGUUCAGGAUGCAAUCAGUCUUUUCGAACGUAAACAAACAGAUCAGUCAACAACAGAUAAUCAGAAAAGGAGAUCUACUUUAGAUGGUUCAUUUGGUGCCAAUAAAGGUGUACUGAGAAGAUGGAGCUCCAGCAUGGACAACAGCACAGUUGAGCGCCAGCCGGAACCUCUUCCAGAAAGUUCCGAGGAAGUAAUAAUAUCAGAGACAAUAGUAGAUCAGGAAUCCAUCGAGACAGCUGAGAUGGACCCAAUAUUAGUCCAAGACGAAGAAAAGAAGGAACACUAUCCUAUUGUUAAUAAACCCGAAGAAAAUACUGAGAAGUUGAGGGCAUCGGCUGAAUGGAGUAAACAGAAGGAAGUUGAAUUGAACCAGAUGCUUAUGACAAUGAUGGAAAGCAAGCCUAAUAAAUACAAGAACACUUCAUCAGACAAAAACUUGUCAAGUAGACAAGUUGUAACACAGGAGCGAAAAGGCGGCCUUUAUGACCACUACAAAGAAAAAAGGGACGAAAAGCUUCGCGGAGAAACUGCAGGAAAACAAGCAGAGAAAGCAGCACAAUUUAAAGCAAUGAGACGUGUUCUUGAAGAAAGGAAGGCUGAGAUGGCUGUUACUAAUAAUAAAAAAACCGACUCUGACAAAAAGCCUUCUUCCAUUAAAUCCCAAAGGCCAGCCAAGAUUCCAUCGCCACAACCUGUUCAGAAAAUCGAGCCGUCAAAAUCCACAACAGCAAAGAGAACAUCUAAAGUCACGCCUUCGUCUGCUGUUCGAAAGUCAUGGCCGUCGACACCUUCAACCAGAGCUGCUGCAGGAGUUUCACCGGUCAAAACUCCAGGUGGGACCCCAUCCGCCAGCACAACACCUACUCACAGAAAGCCCCAGUCUGUUCCAUCAGUUCCUCGGCAGACCCAUAAGGUAGAACCAACUCCAUUGCCGAACAGAAACGCCAAAGCAGCAAGCCAAACCGAGAAAAACAAGAGCGUGAAAGCUGUGAAUGAGAAGAAGUUAAUCAAGAAAACCGCAAAAACCAAAGUUCAUAUUCCUGAAAAAGACUCUUCAAUAGUUUCAACAAGUCCCAAAGUAACUGGAAAGGUGACAAAAAAGAGCAGUGUGGUUCCGGUUGAGUCAAAGCCUUUCCUUCGUAAAGGCUCUCGAGUUAUCAAGCCAAAAACUUCCCCCCAAACAGAGGGAAUAAGAAAGAGCUAUGAUAAUAAACCGGAAAUUGACACAAUUGUAAGCAAUUCCGAGACAACCAAUCAGCAAGAUGAUUCUGUUGCUGUUUCAGAACUGAAAACUCAGUUACCCGUUCAAGAGAAACAUGAUGAUGACAUUAUGGAUUUGGAAGAAGCUGUAAAUAGUGAGGAACAUAUACCACCUACUCCAUCUGAACUCAUAGCUGUUGCUGAAGUAGAAACUUCAAUCUCCCCAACAGCUUGGAUAGAAAUAGAGGAUCACUCAGAUGAGCAUAUUAUUAUCCCCUCUAACGAUUACAGCACAUCUCCAGCCAAUGUUGCACCUGUCUCGAUAAAUCAACGUGUCCGACACUCUUUGUCACAGAUGCUGCAAGAGGAGAGUGCAGAAUCAGAUAUUACUGAGUGGGGAAAUGCCGAAAACCCUCCUGCGACCAUCUACUACCAAAGAGAUUCACCGAAAGGGUUCAAGAGGCUAUUGAAGUUUGCUCGAAAGAGUAGAGCCGAUCCCAACUUAACUGGCUGCUCCAGCCCUUCUCCAAUUUCUGAUGGAGAGGAUGACUCUGAGGAGUCAAAAUCAUCUAUCAAGAAAAACAGCGACGAAUAUCUAUCGCGAAACCAUCUAAAUGAGCACCCUUGUCAUCAGAAUACAAUAGGCAAAGUUCUAGCAAAUGGAAGGAGAUUGUCUUCUCAAACCGAUGCUCAGAAGUUGAGGAGGGAUCACAUCUCAGCUGGAACAAGCUCUUCGUCUAAAGCAACAAGGUCAUUCUUCUCUCUUUCAGCAUUCAGGGGGGGCAGCAAAUGAAACUAGGGAGAAAGGGUGUGGUAAAAUUGCAUCAAGAAACCUUACAAAGACAAACGUAUGUUGGUCAUUCAUAUUGUUAUAGCUUCUUAAAGGCGAAUUUCCUGUCUCUUUGUACUCUACUUGUUUAACUGAGAAAUAGGAAAUUAGUAAAAUUUAGUGCUUUAUAUAAUACCAACCAAGAUUACUUCUUGACCCCAAGAGUAUUGUGCAGAGAAGCUAUUAUUAUUAUUAUUAUUAUUAUUAUUAUGAUUA